CUCAUUCUUCUUUCGCGUGUUAUGUUGUGCAUCUAGAAAUAAAUCAAAAGCCAUGUGCAGUUUUUAGCGAAGUGAAAAAAUCGUCAAUUUUUCUGCAAUUUAAUUCUCAAAACAAUAUUGAGCGCUAGCCAUGGCUGUCGAUACCAUUCAUAAAGCUGGUGCAUUGAAGCAGACCAAUAAAGCGCAUAAGCAUGGGAAACAUUCUUCAAAGCGAGCGCUCGAUAGAGUCGCCAAAGGGAAAACAAGCCUGAAAACGGCCACAAAGAAGACGAAUCGAGAACUUGGCCGGGAAGAUCGACGCCGACAAGCUAACCAGAUUCGUAAAAAUAAACGCCAGGAAGCGAUUGCCCUGAAGAGAGCGAUCGGAGGCGCCACAACGGCACCGUUCCUAACUUGUGUUCUUCCGCUGCACGCCAAUGUGGACCCCAAUUCGGCGCUGGCCAUCGUGGAAAGAUGCGAUGAGGAGGCUACCGUGUUUAAGGUGUCCGAUCGGAUUCGAUACAUGAAUGUCCCUCGCUUCCGUCAGCGUUUCUCUUUCAUCACACCAGCAGUUGGACAUGGUAGCGAACUUGCCUUUUUGGAUGCACUCAAAGUAUGUGACUCAACAAUCCUACUUCUUUCGGCAACGGAAAUUGAAGAUGAUAUCAUCGAUAAAAAUGGCGCAAAAAUAUUGAACAUGGCCCUGAGCCAGGGACUUCCUACCCCGAUGGUGUUUGUCAUGGACAUGGAAUCUAUUGCCCCGAAAAAACGGGGACAAGUUAAAAGUGCAAUCCAAAAAGCAAUUGCGGAUGUUCUACCGGAUGAAAAAGUCAUGGCCCUGGAUACCAAUACCGACGCGUUGAAUCUGUUGCGGAGGGUCGGCGGUCAGAAGCGAAAGGUUUUACACAACAAGGCUAAUCGGCCACAUCUAUUCGGAGAGAAAGUGGAAUACACAGCUGAAAUGGGCGAAGAAAAUGUAGGAACACUAAAGGUUACCGGAUUUUUACGUGGAGUUCCUUUAUCAGUCGAUCAGUUGGUGCACAUUCCUGGUCUUGGUGAUUUUCAAAUGUCGGUAAUACACGCUCCUGAAGAUCCGUAUAAGAUGAGAAAAGCCGAUGAAGAGAUGUCGUCGGGAGAGUGCAAGCUGUUGGCUAAGGCCGAUGAGCAGAAGCAAACAAGUCUGCAGCGCGAGAAUAUUCCAGAUGAAAUGGAUGCUGAGCAAACCUGGCCAACGGAAGAGGAAAUUGAGGCAUCUAAAAACGAGAACAAGAAAAAGUUGAUCAAGAGAGUUCCGAAGGGAAUGAGCGACUAUCAGGCAGCCUGGAUUCCGGACAUUGAAGAAGUUUCUGAAAAUGACGAUGAUGAUGAUGAUGAAGACGAAGAAGAUGAAGAGGACUACAUGUCCUGCGAAUCGGAUAGCGAAAGUAAAAUGGCAGAGCAGGAGGGGACCCAAGAUGAUGAUGAAGAAGAAUAUGAGGAGAUUAGCGUCUCGGAUGGUCCCGUGUCGGCGGACCGAUACGAUAAACAAAUGGAUAUGGAAGAGGAAAAGCAGACGCUAGCAAAGAUUCAAGCGGCUAGGGAUGAUGAAAUUUUUCCAGAUGAAAUUGACACUCCAGCCAGUAUUCCGGCCAGAGAACGGUUUAGGAAAUAUCGCGGUUUGGAAUCUUUCCGAACCUCUCCCUGGGACGUGAAGGAAAAUUUGCCUCUGGAUUACGCAAAGAUUUAUCAGUUCAAAAACUUCGAUCGCACUAAGCGUAGGAUUAUCAAAGAUGCUCAAGAAGUGGAAGAUGGUGUUAUGCCAGGAUGGUAUAUUCAAAUCUCGGUGAAGAAUGUUCCGCAAGACACGUGGAAUGCUUUUAUUUCGGCGGGAAAUGGUAAUCAAGUUAUCGUUUACGGCUUGCUGCCACACGAACAUCAAAUGUCCGUUAUGAACGUGUGCAAGCGGACCUCUAACUCGACCAUCCCCAUUAAAUCCAAGGAACGUUUAAUCAUCCAGUGCGGUUUCCGGCGAUUUAUUGUGAAUCCGAUAUACAGCCAGCAUACUAACGGAGACAAGCACAAGUACGAACGAUUUUUCCGACCGGGGAUGACCGUUGUGGCAACAUUUUUUGCUCCCAUUCAGUUUCCACCAGCACCAGUGGUGUGCUUCCGAGAAAACCCCGAUACCUCCCUAGGGAUGGUGGCAUCCGGUAGUGUGAUCAACUGCAACCCGGAUAGGGUGGUACUUAAACGGGCUGUUAUCAGUGGUCAUCCGUUUAAGAUACACCGCAAGUCAGCGGUAAUUCGGUACAUGUUUUUCAAUCCCGAAGAUAUCGAAUACUUCAAACCGUGCAAACUGCGUACAAAGUUGGGACGAUUGGGUCAUAUCAAGGAGUCUUUGGGAACUCACGGACAUAUGAAGUGCAUAUUUGAUACACAGCUAAAAUCACACGAUACAGUCUUAUUGUAUCUUUACAAACGAGUGUACCCCAAAUGGACGUACGAGGACUGUAUUGUGUCAUGUAACACUGUGCCUGAGCUCAGUAACAAUGAUGGUGCUGUUUCCAGUUUAAAAGAGGAUGAGGAUAUGCAGGUUUGAUCCACAAGCGGCAAAAGGUAAGUUGUGUUUGAAAAUAUGAGUACCUUUUUCUGUAGGAAUCCUUUGUACUUUAUAUACGAUAACAGCAGUUGUAAAAGUUGAA